CAGCUCAUGUGUCAGAUAAAGUCAAUCCAGUCCCUCUCGCUGGCUGCCACAGCAGAUCUGUGCAACAGGGAGCUGGAGCUGAACCUCCUCUGUGUAUAAAAACACUCUGCAAACAUGGCUGGUAAAAUUCAGAGUCUAACUGAGGAGGAGAGGACCCACCUACUCCCCCUGCUACGCAACGCUCAGUGGGUGGAGGUUGUUGGACGGGAUGCAAUCUAUAAAGAGUUUAUUUUUAAAGACUUUAAUCAGGCUUUUGGUUUCAUGUCCAGAGUGGCGUUACAAGCAGAGAAGAUGGACCAUCAUCCUGAGUGGUUCAAUGUCUAUAAUAAGGUCCAGAUAACUCUCAGCACACAUGACUGUGGAGGGCUCUCCCAGCGAGACAUCACUUUGGCCACCUUUAUUGACCAGGCGUCACUGAUGUGAGCCACACACAUUAUCAGUCAUCUCAAAAAUGGAAAUUGGAGAGCUGAAAGUCACGGCUCUUCAUUUAUUCGUUCCACUGAGAAGUCUGAGGAUGUGACCUGCAAAUCCAAAGAAUAUGAACCACUUAGUUUCAAUGAAUUGUGAAAAUGUAGCUGUGGGUGUUAAAGUGCAAAGGGUCCAAUGUGUCAUCAAUGUGUUGUUGGUUUUACACUUGGUGGAUAAAUGAGAUAAUUAGCUAGUGCUAAAAAAUAAUGUUUACACAUUGAAGUAAAGAGAAGUAAUUUCUCAGCAACCAUUCCAGAUAACAUUCACAAUGGUACAUGUGUCCCUCUGUCCCCACUAGUGUCUUAUGUGACAAUUCUUUUGUACUUUGCUGUCAGUAAAUGUUAUUUUCUGUCAAA